AUGAGUGUAUUAAUCUUUUUCUUUACUUUUAUUUCUCUAAUUACAAUCGAAACUAAUGCUUAUCGUGGUGAUUUUAUGACUAGUGUAAGAGAUGGAUACAGUCGUUAUGAUCCUGAUUCAACACUCAAUGGUUUUUUCCCAUUCUGGGGCAUUGUACUUCUAUUACUCUCAUUUAUAUUUCUCUUGGUUGCUGGAUUGGGUCUUGUUGGUUAUUUAGUUGGUUGUCGAUCACCACCAGAUAGUCUUCGUCAACAACUUGAUCCGACAACUUUUUAUCCUUGA